GCGGAUCCCGGGCCCGCGGGCGUCGUCGGCCGCCGCGCUCCAGCCUCCGCCCGCACCGAGCCGCGGGGACCCGGCCGCACCCGGGAGGGGCCGCUGGGGCCGCAGCGCGAGGGCAGCGAGGGGCGGCGGGGACCCGGCACCGGGGGCCGGGGCGGCGGCUGCUGCGACCAUGAUCGCUUUGUUCAACAAGCUGCUGGACUGGUUCAAGGCCCUGUUCUGGAAGGAGGAGAUGGAGCUCACGCUGGUCGGGCUGCAGUACUCCGGCAAGACCACCUUCGUCAACGUGAUCGCGUCAGGACAGUUCAACGAGGACAUGAUCCCCACCGUGGGUUUCAACAUGCGCAAGAUCACCAAAGGGAACGUGACCAUCAAGCUCUGGGACAUUGGGGGACAGCCCCGGUUCCGCAGCAUGUGGGAGCGCUACUGCCGAGGAGUGAGUGCUAUUGUGUACAUGGUGGAUGCUGCUGACCAGGAGAAGAUCGAGGCCUCCAAAAAUGAGCUCCACAAUCUGCUGGACAAGCCGCAGCUGCAGGGGAUCCCGGUCUUAGUCCUGGGGAACAAGCGGGAACUCCCGGGAGCGCUGGACGAGAAGGAGCUCAUCGAGAAAAUGAAUCUGUCUGCCAUCCAGGACCGAGAGAUCUGCUGCUACUCCAUCUCCUGCAAAGAGAAGGAUAACAUCGACAUCACCCUACAGUGGCUUAUCCAGCACUCGAAGUCACGGAGAAGCUGAGACCGCGGUCCUUCCCUCGGGGGACCAGGGACGCGGUCCCCUGAACCUGAAGCCGAGCUCCCCGCCUACUCCGCCGCCCACCCUACCCCCACGCCCGCCCCUCCUCGCCCAGGGUGGGGAGGUUCCUGGGGCUCCCAGAGUCCCAUUCUGCUGAGGUUUGAACUCCUGUUUUUAUUGUAAAAUAAAUCGCCCCCCCCUUCCCCCCUCCAUCUGGUGCCCUAACUUGUCCCCCCGCCCCUCUCCUUGUCCCUUCACCUGGCCCUACCUCUGUCCCCUCUCAACAGCCGUAGCCCACAGCCCCCGCCCCCCCCCCCCCCGCUUUCCCCCCCUCCUGCCCCCCUCCCGCCUCCCUCUCAACACUGUUAUUGUCCUGUGUGUACAGUAUAUAUAUGUAUAUAUAUUUUAAUUUUUUAAUUUAAGCAAAGACUAAAAUCACCCAUUUGAUGCUGCAGGGGCCUGAGCUGCGGGAUCUGGGAGGGGACAGUCACGGGAGAAGGGAAGAGCGAAGGGUCAGCCGGGAGCGAGGGGAGAUGGGGGAGGGUGGGCGGCGUGGGAGGGUGGGCC